AUGCCAGCCUUCGUCCUUGUUCCUGCCUCACCUUCCGAUCUCGAAGCAGUCGCCCGCGUCCAGUUCGCAGCCUGCGCCUCCGACCAUGGAUUUCCUGUCGUCUUCCCAAAGGGAGCCACAUUAACUUCCAUCACCCACUAUGUGCGUUCAUACGAAUAUGACCUGGAGAACGACCCGACUUGCCACCUCAUGGUGGUCAAGGAAGCCAUGUCCGGCGAGAUCGCGAGCUUUGCCGUCUGGCAUUUCUUCCCUCCCAAAAGCCAAGAGGAGGUCGAGCAGGAAAUGCUGAUUCAAGAAGUUCCACUCCCCGACGACGCCAACAAGGAACUGGCGAAUCGCUUGGUUCGUAAUAGCAUCAGGAAACGCCAUGAAGUCGUUGCAUCAGCUAUCGGGACGGAAAAGCCCUAUGCUUAUCUCGCCGUGAUAGGCACCAGUCCGAAAUACCAGAAGCAAGGCGCUGCUUCUCUUCUGCUCCAAUGGGGUCUGGAGCGUGCCGAUGAUCUAGAGCUGGCAGCCUACGUCGAAAGUGCUCCACCAGCGUUGCGACUCUACGAAAAGUAUGGCUUCAAGGAAGUUUCCAAACUACCCCUAGAGAUGUCACCGUGGAAAGAUGGAGAAUAUUUGAAUGUAUGCAUGGUUCGGCAGCCUUCAAGUUGA